AUGUACCAAAUGAAUGCUAAAAUGCACUUUACGUUUGUUUUUGCACUCCUGGUGAUGUCUUUCAACUCGGAUGUGCUGGGCAAGAAUUUGAAAUACAGGAUUUAUGAGGAGCAGAGGGUUGGAUCGGUAAUUGCAAGACUAUCAGAGGAUGUGGCUGAUGUGUUAGUUAAGCUACCUAAUCCUUCUACUGUUCGCUUCCGAGCCAUGCAACGAGGAAAUUCUCCUCUGCUCGUGGUCAACGAGGAUAACGGGGAAAUCAGCAUAGGAGCAAAAAUUGACCGCGAACAACUAUGCCAGAAAAACUUGAACUGUUCCAUAGAGUUUGAUGUGAUCACUCUGCCCACGGAGCAUCUGCAGCUUUUCCAUAUUGAAGUUGAAGUGCUGGAUAUUAAUGACAAUUCGCCUCAGUUUUCAAGAUCUCUCAUACCUAUUGAGAUUUCAGAAAGCGCGGCAGUGGGAACCCGUAUCCCUCUGGACAGUGCAUUUGAUCCAGAUGUUGGGGAAAAUUCCCUCCACACGUACUCUCUCUCUGCCAAUGAUUUUUUUAAUAUCGAGGUUCGAACCAGGACUGAUGGAGCAAAGUAUGCAGAACUCAUAGUGGUCAGAGAGCUGGAUCGGGAGCUGAAAUCAAGCUAUGAGCUUCAGCUCACUGCCUCAGACAUGGGGGUGCCUCAGAGGUCUGGCUCAUCCAUAUUAAAAAUCAGCAUUUCAGACUCUAAUGACAACAGCCCUGCUUUUGAGCAGCAGUCUUACAUAAUACAACUCUUAGAAAACUCCCCCGUUGGCACUUUGCUCCUCGAUCUGAAUGCCACUGAUCCAGAUGAGGGCGCUAAUGGGAAAAUUGUCUAUUCCUUCAGCAGUCAUGUGUCUCCCAAAAUUAUAGAGACUUUUAAGAUUGAUUCAGAAAGAGGACAUUUGACUCUCUUCAAGCAGGUGGAUUAUGAAAUCACCAAAUCCUAUGAGAUUGAUGUUCAGGCUCAAGAUUUGGGUCCAAAUUCAAUCCCAGCUCAUUGCAAAAUUAUAAUUAAGGUUGUGGAUGUUAAUGACAAUAAACCUGAAAUUAGCAUAAACCUCAUGUCCCCUGGAAAAGAAGAAAUUUCUUAUAUUUUUGAAGGUGAUCCUAUUGACACAUUUGUUGCCUUGGUCAGGGUUCAGGACAAGGAUUCUGGGCUGAAUGGAGAAAUAGUUUGUAAGCUUCAUGGACAUGGUCACUUUAAACUUCAGAAGACUUAUGAAAACAAUUAUUUAAUAUUGACGAAUGCCACGCUGGAUAGAGAAAAGAGAUCUGAAUACAGUUUGACUGUAAUCGCUGAGGACAAGGGGACACCCAGUCUCUCUACAGUAAAACAUUUUACUGUUCAAAUCAAUGAUAUAAAUGACAAUCCACCCCACUUCCAGAGAAGUCGAUAUGAAUUUGCAAUCUCAGAGAAUAACUCACCCGGGGCAUAUAUCACCACCGUUAUAGCCACAGAUCCUGAUCUUGGAGAAAAUGGGCAAGUGACAUAUACCAUUUUGGAGAGUUUUAUCCUGGGAAGUUCCAUAACUACAUAUGUAACCAUUGACCCAUCUAAUGGAGCCAUCUACGCCCUCAGAAUCUUUGACCAUGAGGAGGUGAGUCAGAUCACUUUUGUGGUCGAAGCAAGAGAUGGUGGAAGUCCAAAGCAACUUGUAAGCAAUACCACAGUUGUGCUCACCAUCAUUGAUGAAAAUGACAAUGUCCCUGUGGUUAUAGGGCCUGCACUGCGCAACAACACCGCAGAAAUCUCCAUCCCCAAAGGGGCUGAAAGUGGCUUUCAUGUCACAAGAAUUAGGGCAAUUGACAGAGACUCUGGUGUGAAUGCAGAACUCAGCUGCUCCAUAGUAGCAGGUAAUGAGGAGAAUAUCUUUGUAAUUGAUCCACGAUCAUGUGACAUCCAUACCAACAUAAGCAUGGACUCUGUUCCCUACACAGAAUGGGAGCUCUCAGUUGUCAUCCAGGACAAAGGCAAUCCUCAGCUGCAUACCAAAGUCCUUCUGAAGUGUGUGAUCUUUGAAUAUGCAGAGUCGGUGACAAGUACAGCAAUGACCUCAGUAAGCCAGGCACCCUUGGAUGUCUCCAUGAUUAUAAUCAUUUCCUUAGGAGCAAUUUGUGCAGUGUUGUUGGUUAUUAUGGUGCUGUUUGCAACUAGGUGUAACCGAGAAAAAAAAGACACUAGAUCCUACAACUGCAGGGUAGCAGAAUCGACGUACCAGCAUCACCCCAAGAGACCCUCCAGGCAGAUCCACAAAGGGGACAUCACGUUGGUGCCUACUGUUAAUGGCACCCUGCCCAUCAGAUCCCAUCACAGGUCAUCUCCGUCUUCAUCGCCUACCCUAGAAAGAGGGCAGAUGGGCAGCCGGCAGAGUCACAACAGUCACCAGUCCCUCAACAGUUUGGUGACCAUCUCAUCAAACCACGUGCCAGAGAAUUUCUCAUUAGAACUCACCCAUGCCACCCCUGCUGUUGAGCAGGUCUCCCAGCUUCUUUCAAUGCUUCACCAGGGACAAUAUCAGCCAAGGCCAAGUUUUAGAGGAAACAAAUAUUCCAGGAGCUAUAGAUAUGCCCUUCAGGACAUGGACAAAUUUAGCUUGAAAGACAGUGGCCGUGGUGACAGUGAAGCAGGAGACAGUGAUUAUGAUCUGGGGCGAGAUUCUCCAAUAGACAGGCUGCUGGGUGAAGGAUUCAGUGAUCUGUUUCUUACAGAUGGAAGAAUUCCAGCAGCUAUGAGGCUGUGCACGGAAGAAUGCAGGGUCCUGGGACACUCCGACCAGUGCUGGAUGCCGCCGCUGCCCUCACCCUCCUCGGAUUACAGAAGCAACAUGUUCAUCCCCGGGGAGGAGUUCCCAGCACAGCCCCAGCAACAGCAUCCCCAUCAGAGUCUUGAGGAUGACGUGCAGCCUGUAGACCCUGGCGAGAAGAAGAAGAGUUUUUCCACAUUCGGGAAGGACUCCCCGAGUGAGGAGGACUCUGGGGACACCAGCACGUCCUCUCUGCUCUCGGAGAUGAGCAGCGUGUUCCAGCGCCUCUUGCCCCCUUCUCUGGACGCCUAUUCUGAGUGCAGUGAGAUGGACCGGUCCAACUCGCUGGAACGCCGGAAGGGACCUUUGCCGGCCAAGACUGCGGGUUACCCACAGGGGGUGGCGGCCUGGGCAGCCAGUACGCAUUUUCAAAACCCGGCCAACAACUCUGGGCCCCCACUUGGAACUCACUCCAGUGUGCAGCCUUCUUCAAAAUGGCUGCCGGCCAUGGAGGAGAUCCCUGAGAAUUACGAGGAGGAUGAUUUUGACAAUGUGCUUAACCACCUCAAUGACGGCAAACACGAACUCAUGGAUGCCAGUGAGCUAGUGGCUGAGAUUAACAAACUGCUUCAGGAUGUCCGCCAGAGCUAG